AUCACAUGGAAUGCCUUAAUCCACCUCUGAGUGAAGUCCCUGUAGAUGAAUGGUUCUGUCCAGCCUGUGCCCCCAUGGGUGUCAGUGCUGCUGCAGAUCAUGUCAGUGAAGAAGAGAUUGCUGCCCUCGUGGCUGAUGUUACUCCUACCACCAGUAGGCUACGCCCUCACGUCCGAACCCGAGCUAUAGCCAGAACUCGGCAGAGCGAACGAGUUAGGGCAACAGUGAACAGAAACCGGAUAACAACAGCGCAACAAAUUCAGCACGUGCCAAGGUACCUCAUGUCCUCUCUUCUGGAUGAAACCAUUGAGGCAGUUGUAGCAGGCCUAAACACAGCCAUCUACCAGCGUCCUCUUGCACCGCGGGCUCCUACUAGGCAGAAAAGAAAAACAGGUAGGAGGAGGAAAGUAGGAGGCAAAAAAAGAACUCAGACAAAAUCUUCUGCUGGGAAGAAGAAUUCAGGGACACAGCAGAAGAGACGCAAGCAUCUGAGAAAGAAGAGAAGGGGGAAAAAGAUGAGAGUAAGAUCACAUGUGAAAAAUGAGGUUACUAGUCGCUCCCGUAUUGCAAGAACUCUCGGUCUUAGUAAACCUGUGCGUGGGGCCUCGCUUCCUUCCAUGUACAAACCACCGGAGCCAUCACUUGGUCUGAUGAGAUCAGAUAUCGGUGCAGCUUCUCUGUCUGUGUUUGGAGAUCCAUAUGAGCUGGAUCCUUAUGAAAGUAACGAAGAGGUUCCAGCAAAUCCAGAUUCACCAGUGAGUGCCAAAAGGAGAGUUCUCUCCCAGUCAGCACUGAGGUCUCACCGUCCUGUAGCUAGACCUAUUUCUGUGGGACUUCCCAGAAGCAGUGUACCUGCCUUGAGUCCUGAUCAAGAAGCAGAAGCUGCCCCUGUGCCUGAUCUGUUGGGAAGUAUCCUGUCUGGACAGAGCUUUCUCAUGAUGAGUAGUUCGGAUGUGGUCAUCAACAGAGAUGGUUCGCUGACGGCGAAGAAGGCAGGGAUGCCAUUUUACAAACUUCAGCGAGCAAAAGAAGGGGCCUGGAAAGCAGAGGACUUGAACCAAACGUUAAAUCAGGUGUACUGUCAAAAUAUACCUUUGACGCCACCUCUGCCCUCAAGCCUUCCCCCCUAUGCCCCUGUCAGCCAGCCCACGGUUCAGUUUAUCAUGCAGGGUAGCCUUCCAGCGCUUGGCUGCAUGGCAGGACAGAGCCUGACUCCGGAGCCGGGCAGCCUGGCUACUGCAUCUGAACCAGGAAUCCAAGCUGCUUCUGUUGGAAACGCAGAGGAAAAGAUCAAAGCACCCAAACCUCCAGUGGAUAAAACAAAAAACGAGGAAUACAUGAAGAAGCUUCACAUGCAGGAAAGGGCUGUGGAAGAAGUGAAACUUGCUAUUAAACCUUUUUACCAGAAGAGGGAGAUUACAAAGGAGGAGUACAAGAACAUUCUUCGAAAAGCAGUGCAAAAGAUCUGCCACAGCAAAAGUGGAGAGAUCAACCCUAUGAAGGUAGCUAAUCUGGUGAAGGCAUAUGUGGAAAAAUACAAACAUAUGAGGAAACAUAAGAAAUCUGAUGGUGAAGAUCCACGUGAAGUGGAAAACUGAGAGCAAGCCGCAGCCAGCAUGACUUGGACUGAACUUACUCUGGCUGCGAACCCCAUGCCAGAGGGAAUAAUAGAUCUGCAGUUGCAUCUCAUUGAAAAUAAAGUGCAGAAAAGCAAGAUUAUAAUAGGACUUAUCUGCGGAACCUUCUUUUGAAUUGUUUCCAUAUGGGAAUGAACUUGAGUUUUUUUGAAUUACCUACUGUAGAACUAAAUAACAAUCACAUGCCUCAGACCAGCAGAGUAAUUCGAGGGGAAACACAGAAGAGAUUAAUGUUUGGGACUCCCGGAUUGCUACAGUUUUCAGGGUUACUUUGAUCACAUUUUUGGGCUGUGCACCUGUCUUGCUAAAAGUUUGAAACUGGACACCACUUUUCAUAUACAGUAUAUUGAGAGCUCUAUACUGUUUCCCUUGUGUUUAUUUAUCGAAAUAUGGAUUGUCUUUAGAAACUUCUGAUUUAAUACUUGAAAUGUUGUAUUUUUAGCCCGUUUGAUGGUGAGCGAAGUUUUACUCGCUCUGUCAUUUGGGGAUUGCAGAAAUGAGCUAACCUUUAUAAACUGAGUUCAGAAACACUGCUCAAGCCAUGGUGUUUAUUUACGUUCUGUUGGAAGUAUCUUGUUAGUGAAAAGUUUAAUUUCGGGGUGGGAGACUGUGUUGCACUUCUGUAAAUAAUGCACUGAUGGCUGGUUUUGUGUCUGCCUUUUAGGAAAAAACGAAACAAAAAGCAAGCAUUGUGAAUUUUCAGUAACAAGCUGGAGGGAUAAGGUUGAACUGAUGUACAAAGCAGAAAUGUGACAGAAUUUAUAAAGUUAUUUUGAAUGGUUUUAGUC